AUGAUAUUUGCUAUACAGAAGAUCAAUGAAGACCGCCAGCUCUUACCUAAUAUCACCUUGGGUUUCAGAAUUUAUGAUAGGUAUGCUGACUAUCAUGCCAAAUUGGAACUUUUCUCUAGUCAGAACAAUUUUCUUCCAAAUUACAAGUGUGGCAUCCUGAACAAACUCAUAUCAGUUGUUGGAACUGUUGAUCCAGGAAUCGCUAGUGAUAUGGCAGAUAUAUUAGAGACUUACAAAGUUCCACAGUUCCCAACUGGCUCCUCACUAUAUGAAAGUCAUUUCUACUACCCCAUGGUUCCAGAUGAAGACCUAUAUUACAGUGGCAUUAUUCGACUACUCUUGCACUUCAGGUGGACUUGGAUUGGGGUACUUACAAAAGGACUUGGAGGAAAAACAUUUGAGCACCUGAUCUUCUCAAUGUUUCCUCUCCAUGGUAUCUGCAUUGCCUUCUUUGAAAAAUUCAGACCAUUUUAUAUCAAUAACUUUUAUGAUAAUCUGAAAUGGCUUGUUGAAAUGUUUCACCUUCUUGUUAACAGCAAAGCAAAAGUUAUUAUCAUCAGAGAUAAUAAUCUUUUAAAUGUAAGAUGGUUGUUACGCCUACCUGAAAUGGAAAUAGUUUCUAUAAACCUGAAAGGUAAGGUGUGGAUCGUGGCUUCCCAAAUGGGUCUUGCUUCGUUCUUUUAUCAGAAAAGCUGGGAUAUCCAAGACCUACAUGGUGCUUUGACCUUUGCGGCUCACUCAAGUGAAAUUCCAGGAUUUCAACACUUUCUCAAGACAAGAAACCAUUUCUCCUCAAAAGAGGAUGGUUUCAUCAAAAAUGUGUGGGAGCAAGCAUUUGGCUGUGUGUUUCCAAAUCUAUCUGAGGCUGAGGAAUCAGAGGAUGUCUGUACAGGGAGGGAGAAACUGGAGAGCCUUCCUGGGGCCUUUUUUGAAAUGAGGAUGACCAGUCAUAGUUACAGUAUAUACAAUGCAUUGUAUGCUGUGGUACAUGCUUUACAUGCUAUGAUGUUUGGCCAACAACACAGGCAAAACCUGAAUAGCAGAAAACUCAUUCUUCAGGAUCUUCAGCCAUGGCAGCUUCAUUUCUUUUUGAAAAAAGGCUCAUUUAACAACACUGUUGGAGAUGAAAUUUCCUUUGACAAGAAUAGAGAACUGAUUACAGGACUGGAUAUAGAGAACUGGGUCAUAUUCCCUAACCAGUCUUUGUAUCGAGUGAAAGUUGGGAAGCUGGAUCCCUGGGCUGCUGAAGACCAAAUGUUCACCAUUAAUGAACAAGCCAUCAACUGGCCUAGCACUUUCAAUCAACUAACCAUGCAAGAAUGGGGUUCCAAUAAAUUAAUCCAGGCAAUCACUCUACUUUCCAAUGGAGGAAAGGGAAAAAUGGAUCAAGUACAGGACAUGGAUGACUGUUUGAAAUGCCCAGAAGAUCAAUAUCCAAAUAAGAACCAAACUUCAUGUAUUAUUAAGAAAAUAACUUUCUUGUCCUAUGAAGAACCAAUGGGAACAAGCAUGGUUAUUUUGUUCCUUGUUGCACCAGGUAAUAUGAUAUGUUUCCUGCGACAAAUUAGCUUUGGCAUCAUCUUCUCAAUGGCAGUGUCUUCUGUGCUGGCAAAAACCAUCAUUGUGGUUCUGGCUUUCAUGGCCACCAAGCCAGGAUCAAAGAUGCGGAACUGGGUGGGAAGAAGACUGGCCACCUCCAUCGUUCUUUCUGGUUCCUUUAUUCAAAUAGGUAUCUGUAUGGUGUGGCUGUUCACAUUUCCUCCUUUUCCUGAAAUGGACACCCAGUCAGAAAAAGAGGAAAUAAUACUACAGUGCAAUGAAGGCUCAUAUAUUAUGUUCUACUGUGUCCUGGGAUACAUGGGCUUCCUGGCAGUUGCUAGUUUCACAGUAGCUUUUUUCUCCAGAAAUCUCCCCAGCAGUUUCAAUGAAGCCAAAUGUCUCACAUUUAGCAUGCUGAUCUUCUGCAGUGUGUGGCUCUCCUUUGUUCCAUCUUACCUGAGCACUAAAGGCAAAUAUAUGGUGGCUGUGGAGGUUUUUUCCAUUUUGGCUUCUAGUGCUGGAUUGCUGGCCUGUAUUUAUUUCCCCAAAUGCUAUAUAAUCAUUAUUAGGCCAGAACUAAACAACAAGGAACAGUUAAUAAAGAGAAAAUAUUAA